AUGGUCACUUUCAUCAGUACCAUUUUUUCUCUCCUUCCUCUUAUCUCCACCCUUGUCAGCGCCACACCCAUCAACGCCCGUCAAACUCCCGCAGUCUCAGUAACCUUGAUUGGUGCUGCCAACGCUCAAUACACAAUGGAAAUCCCGGUCAACAGUGCCUUCACACACACCAACAACGACUUGAGCAUCAGUCAUAUCAGUACCAGCGGUGGCGGACCUUGUGUCUUCUUCGGCGUCGAUGGCGCCAUCUACGUCUCCCCACCACAGGGUGGCUAUGGCGAUGUUGGCCCACCACAAACCAUCGCCGGAGGUAUCUGCGGGCCAUUCCCUGGUCAUGAUUAUGGCAUGUGGUAA